AUGAAAGAGCAAGAGAUGCUACCAUCAUGUCUUUACAGCCUGGGGCGAGGAAUAGCUGAGGGUGGCCACUCAACAGUGAAUAUCUGUCAACAUCUGGAGAGCCGCAUUGAUUUUGCAGUCAAGAUAUUGGCUGGGGAAGAGGUGGUAGCGUUCGAUCAAGAGGUGUGUUUGUUGAAGAAACUUCAGGAUAUCGAGGGGCCUUUUAUAAAGAUGGUAGAUCUGUUUCGCGCUAAAGGCAAAAACUACAUUGUUAUGGAUCUCGCACCUGGAGGCGAUGUGUGGACGUGGGUUAGGAACAGAUCAUACCUGACGGAGGGUGCAAUGAUUAAAGUCGUCCACCAGCUCUUACAGGCACUGGCUAUUUGCCACGAGAAUGGCAUCGUGCACCGCGAUGUGAAGCCUGAGAAUAUCGUUAUCGAAGAAGUUCGAAGCGACGAACCAUCAAAGGUUCUGCUUUGUGACUUUGGAUCAGCGCUAGAUAUCGGCCCAGACGGCUGCAUAUUGACAGACGAUAGUAUGCCAGGAACACUUGGUUAUCAAGCUCCGGAGAUAUUUCGCGAGAGUGGGAGCUUAGAAUAUGGAUCCGGAGUUGACAUGUGGGCCCUUGGUAUCUCAGCGUACUUCAUGAUUACGGGAGAUAUGCCUUUCGACCUCGGUGGCAGCGUAGAGGAUUACCUCGAGACCUGCGAUCAAUUUCCAGCCAUCUGCUGCUCUGACGCUGUUGACAUAUUUUUAAGGUGUUGCUUGGCCCCCAACCCGGCCCAGAGAUGGACAGCGCGUGAAGCACUUGAGUACCAUAUUUUUGAGGGGCUUCCUGAAUUCACAGAAUCCCCAGAGAAGAAGAAGUCUCGUGAUAUAAACAAGAUGUGGUAUAAGACAAGUGCGUUGCCAGAACCUAUGAGUGCUGAGGAGGGGGAGGAGGGGGAGGAGGGGGAGGAAACGUAG